UAUCGCGAGCGCUGGCGCGAAAGCAUGCGGCGCGAGCCUCGUCGAGUACUUUCGUUUCGCGCGCCGGGCAACACGCUCACUCGCGCUCGCGGCGCAUCGCACGUCGCACGUCGUAGUCGUCGUAGUCGAAUCGUCCGCGGGACCAAUCGCUCCGACUGAUCCGCCGCGUCUUCUCAGCGUCUCGAGGGAACACCGCGGACAAUUUUCCGCGAGGAUUCGCAAACGUCGUCGUGACCCAUCGAUUUGUCCCGACGGAUCUCCACGGAGGUCGGCGGAGGAUAACAAGCGCGCGAUCCGGGAGAUCGCGAGGUGCAGUAGAGACCCGAUUAUUCAAGCCGACGUUUGUCGGCUUCGUCGGUUGAAUUCCUCCUCGCAAAGAGCGACUGAACGACCCGGCGGAAACACCAGGAUUUUCCAGCAGACAUGAUCGAAUGAUGGAGGUGAUUUCGACACGUCGAUACGAGGCCCGUCCACCGGCGAACACCCACUCCUCUAUUCUCGUUGAUCCUGAGAACUCCGUGGCAUUAGUCAAAGAAGAGGAAUGGGAGACCCGCAAGAAGAAGGAAAUCACCACCACCAGGCAGAUCGAGACCAGGGUGAAGCGGCAGGUCGUUCUCGAGGACGGCGAGGUCGUCGUAGACUCCGGGCCUCUCGUCACCACGAACACGACCGAGGAUGUUGAACAACAGGAGCACACCACGCAGGAGAGACGCACGACCGGGGAUCAGCCUCAGGAGGUCGACUGGCCUGCGGCAGGUGGUGUUGUGACCGGAAAUGGCGGCAACAUCGUGCAAAAGGAGCUAAACGAGACGGUGGUGAGGAGCCGCGAGGAGAUCGAGGAGAGACUCGAGACGGAGGAUCGUCAACAGUUGGGAGAUAUCUCGGACGAGGCGUACCAGAAGGCGGUGCGCAGCAACAGGGGCGACCUGCGAGUCGCUCUUGCAGAAUCCUCGAAACAGUUGACGCCGCAAUCCGGUCCGCGGGUCAUUCAGCACACGACUAGGUCAAACAAGGUCAUCGACACCGAGAAGACCUUGGAGAAAAAGGAACUGAAGGCUGACGGUCUAAUCGUUACCGAGAAGAAGCGCACGGUCGAGCACGAGGAGAUUAACGACGACGAAGUCCCCGACGACGGGCGGAACGACGACGAGGUCUCCGAGACGAAGAAGGAGAGCUCGCAGAGGUACGUGAAGAGGAGAGAAGAGGACGUAGUGGACUACAUCUCGGCCGGCGAGAGAGUCGGCCGAGAAAUGCGCUACGUUGCAGAGACAACCGAAGGAGAACGCAUAGGCGACUGGUCACCAUCACCGACGGGCAUGCGGACGACUCGUCUUCACAAAUAUUCCGGUUUUCCGGAUGGUACAUCUGCAGCUCGAAAAGAUGCCCUGACGAAGAAACCAUUAGACCUGGAAGAGGAAGACGAGGCGAGAAAAUUCGAAACAUCCAAAUGGCUCGAAAGCCAUUUCGGCAGUGACUCGCGUUCCUCCCACGGGUCUCUCGACGCCGACGACUCUCCUCUUCCGACUAGCACGAAUACGAGCUAUAUCAAUGUCACCAUGAAGUCCUGUACACCGAAGGAACGGGAAUACCAGAACGUAAGUUCCAGCCGCCAUCAACGACGUGCCACUGGCCGGGACUCCGAAUCGCCAUCGCCGGGGUAUUUUCAUGGGAUCAGCGAGUGGUCGGAACGAUACCAAGGAAGAGAGAAACAAAAUCAUGCAAGGUCGAGCUCGCCGGUUCGAUAUACGGAGUCCCCCCAUGCCAACGGACAUGCCCACGGGCAUAAGAGAAAUCAAGUCGAGUCCUCGUACUUGAAAACUUACGAAACAUUCCGACGCGAGUAUCAGGAUUCCAUCGAGGAACGGCAACCUACGCCCUCGCCACCGAUUCGUCGAAGAUCAAAGGAACAAUGGGCGAAAUCCGAAGAAAAAGUCAACCCGAACGAGCCGCCGUCAACAGGUCGCACUUCGAGUCCGGUGCAUGUGGUGCAGAGAACAUGGGAAAGCCGGAGUCGCGACGCACGAGAACAGACUCCCGAAUGUGACAAUCACAAGGACAGCUCGCCACGCUCGCGAUCAAUCUCGCCGAAAUCGCCGACCAUCAGCCGCGAUGAGAAGAAGUCGAACACUUCGAGCGCACCGCGAGCGUCGAAGAGCAGCGGCUAUUCCAAGUACAAGAUCGGUGAGUCCUUCCGAAGGUUGGUGGGCAAAUUGCGUUCGGCUAGCACAGAGAGAAAGCACAAACGCGUAAGCAGCGGUUCAACCUCACAAUUGACACAGACCGACGACAACGGACCAACGUAUAUGCAAUACAAUGUGAUCGACCGGAAUAUUCCUCUCGUGAGUGAGAAAGAGAUAGCAGAAGAGAAGCCACCGGAGAGACCGCCGCGAUCGCCGCGGAACGCAGACGUGCUGAGCAACAACAAGCAAGUCAGUAAGGUCACCAAAACGACCGAUAACGCGGUAGUCCAAGAUCAAUGGCAACGUAGCGAAUCCACGCCGCCCUUGCAAAGGUACUAUCUGGGCGAGGACCCCUUCGGCGGCAGCAUCUACGGCCGCGAGAAGGGAUACGAGGACGACAGAAAUCGGCGACACGGAAGACCGCGUAAAAUUGCCGUAGAUUCCGAGCACAGCGUGACCUCCAGCUCACUCGGCAGGUUUAGCAAGUCUACCAGCAGACUGGCGGCUGGUGAACAUGAAAGGGAGGAGCAUUUCCGCUCCACGCAGACCUUGCCGCGGAAUUUGCACUCUGGACAAUCAGUUCGCUCGCAGGUGACCAUGACGACAACGAGCAGGCGGCGCGAUCACCAACACCACACGAACGUCGGCAGACACGGCGCACCUGGCAAAGCCAGCCAACACGGCAGUAUGAUCAACAUAUCGAUCAAGAAUACGGUGACGUCGUCACCCAAAGUGGCGGCGUACAGCACCCUUCAGCCGCCCCCGAAACCCGGGCGAACGUACCGGUCGUCGUUAUCGCGCAGCAAAAGUUUCAACGUCGAGGCUGACAAGAAUGGUGUGGAUGCGACGCCGUCUAUGCGCGCUCCUUACAUCUCCAAUUUGCACCUGAAUCGCUUGAACGAGACACCGCCGCUUAAGAGCCCCGGUAUCCUUGCCAGCAUCAGCCGCAGCAAUAGGGACCUCUUCAGAGACAAUAAAUAUUAAUUAAACUGACACAGCUCAAGGAUAUCCGGAACGCCUCGGAAACGAUGAAGCACAUCGUCCCACCUUUCCUCGGAACAUAUAUACAUUGAGUCCACUUUCUGCCCAAAAUGUGAGUGGCGUACAUGUUUAUAGAGUGUUUGCGGAGUGAAGCUACCGGUCUAAUAAAUUAAUGGACAUUUUUCUUUCUCCCCUUUUUUUAUGCGUCUUACGAAAUAUCAUAUACGUUUCAUAGAGAGCGCCUCAUAAAAAAUCAUAAUGUCGUCAAAAUAACGAGACAAUGACUAAAAAAUUCAUUUUUCAAACACGAUUCGAUCAUUUUGUCGUCAUCAUGAUUUUCUGUUCUACUUGGGUUUAGUAGAUGCACAUCCACGGACGGAUUUUGUACUCAUAUUAUUAGUAAAUCACUAAUCUGAUAUACAUGCAUUGUCCCGAAAAUAUAUAAUAUAUCAAUAUUAAAAAAAAAACGAUAAUACAAAUUUCUGAAAAAUCGUAAUAUGAUAUAUUAAUAUAGUAAUAUAAUUAUAUUUAGAUUUAAAUAAGAGAGACAAUUAUUCAAAAUAUUGGAAGUAUACAAUUUUCUCAAAAAGUUAUAAUAUUAAAUAUUUCGGAAAAGCUAUCUUUUCCGUAAAACAGUCUCGUUAUACAGCCGGAUAUAUUAGCAUUUUUCUUGUUAUGCUCAUUUUUUGUUAAGUUCAACAAGAGUAUGAAUGAAUAGAUAUUAGUGCACUUGUGUAUGUACUCUUAAACACAAGAAGGAACAUAUAUGUUAUAUAAUUAUAUAAGAUUGUAUAUAAUUAUAUAUAAGUUAACUUUGACUUAGAAAUAUGGACUGCCAGUAGCUAACUUCAGAUUGAUAAUCAAGAUAUAUCGUGCUACGAUCGAUUAAUUAAAAAAUGCGAGAAUUAAAGUUGUGUCAUUUAUCAAGCGUUUAUAGGAGGUUACAUUUAUUUUGGAUGCUCUCGUGCUCAAAACAUAAUUCUAUCUUAUACGUAACGAAUAAUAUUAUAGUUACAUGUAACGAAUAAUAAAAAAAAGAAUGACGUUUUCAGCAUAAAAGCGUCCUCAAAACAUAAUUUUUAUUGAAAUAUAUAAUUAAAAUAAUUUUAAAAAAUUAUGGAUUAUAUAUUGCUUUGUGGAAGACUGCAAGUUAACAAAGUACCAAAGCAAAAGAGGAAAAAAAUCAUCUUGUCUUGUUGUGCCUAAUGUAAACGAAGCAUCGUUGAGCUCUUUGAGGAGUAUCAUCGAACUUACCAGCGAACAUGAAUAGAAUGUCGCCGAGCUUCUCGGUAAACGUGAACGAAGAGUAAUGGAGAGUUAUUCAGUCGAUCCGACACUGGUCCCUAAUAUUUAUCCGAUAUCAGCAAAAACAUUUAGAUAUCGAAUUAGAAAUUUGUUUCACUAAAAUUGUUUCUUAGAGAUGUAGACAGUGACAAUUUGAGCUGAAAUUAUAGUAAUUUGAUUUUUUUUAAAUAUAAUAUCGUACUUGAAAAGUACUCUAUUAGUGAAAUUCGAAACUUGGAUCACUGGAACAUUUGUCUCCUAUUUCAUAUGCUAUGUCAUUUUGUUAACUAAUAGAUGGAUUAUAUAUUUGUAUAUAUAUUGUAACCAAUGCAAUUAUAUUAUAUUUUAUUUUUUAAUAAUAUUAUUUAAUAUAAUAAAAAAUAAAUGAUUUGAUUAAGGUCUAAUGUAUUAUGAUUAUAAUGUAUUAUGAUUGAAUUUUGAUAUUACUGAAUAAUUUUACAAUAUGUCUCCAUUUCAUGGAGUAUACAAGGUGUCCCAGAAGAAUCUAUUAAGCUCUCGUGCGAACAUAGAGCGGGUGAAGGUAAACAUAAAAGUCCUAUACCGUUUUGCGGUAUUCAUUAUAAUAACCAAGAAAUUAAUUGCAAAAUAUUAAGAAAAAGCGUGUGUUGAAUGGUAGAGGAUGGAGCGCUCAAAUUAGCGCGGCCCAGUAAUAUAACGCACGGAUGUCGGCGCGUGGCGAUUGGAAGAACAACACAUCACUGCUUAUGUUUAUAUCGUUACGCUCCUACGUCUUGCCGCGUCUACUGUUAGUCCCGAUCUACAAUAGCUUUAAGCCGUAAGAAAUUGACCAAUCACGAUUGAUUAUUCUUCUAUAAUUCGACUAUGAUUGGUCAAUUUCUUAAAACUUAAAGCUCACUACACCUAUUGUAUAUCGGGACUAAGUCUCGGGACUAAGUCUCGGGAUUAAGUCUUGAUCUACAAUAGGUGUAGUGAGCUUUAAGUCGUAAGAAAUU